AUGGCAGCGAUGACUUUCCCAGUCGCUGGAGCGUUCAUGUUGGUUGUGCUUGCGGAGCUUGCUCUUUCGGCAAGGUCAAGCUCAGAACUUAACAUCCUCGACGUUCAGGUUGAAGGAGCACCAUCGGAGGGAGGUCGAGGGCCCAGCAUUUGGGACGUGUUUGCCGCAGUUCCUGGAAAAAUUGCCGAUUCUUCACUGCCCAAUAUUACCACGGACCAGUACCACAAGGAGGCGUUCACCAACUACGCGGAAGUUUGCUUUGAGGCGUUCGGUGCUGAUGUGAAGACAUGGAUCACUUUCAACGAACCAAUGGAAACCUCGAUUCAGGGAUACGGGAUAGGAGGAAUGGCUCCAGGAAGAUGCUCAGACAGAGAGAUGUGUGAAGAAGGGGAUUCUGCAGUGGAAUCGUACCUUGUUGCUCAUAACAUAUUGAGGUCACACGCGUCUGCUGUUGCUUCUUACAGAGCCAAUUAUCAGAAGCUGCAGGAAGGCCGCAUUGGCAUCACACUAGACUCCCAGUUUUACUUCCCCAUCAAUCAGUCCGAUGAAAACGUUGCAGCAGCUAACCGAGCUCUUGAAUUCUCAUACGGAUGGUUCGCUGACCCAGUUUACUUUGGAGACUACCCAGAGUCCAUGCGGACCCUUGUUGGUGACCGUCUGCCUCAAUUCUCAGCUGCGGAAAGGCAGCAGCUUAUUGGUUCUGCAGACUUCUUUGGCCUCAACUUCUACACUGCUCUGUAUGUCUGGCAAGGGUCUGCCAGUGCGCCUGGAACCGCUUGGAGUGACAGCCAAGUGGGAACCUCAAGCACCAACCCACUGACUGGUGAAGAGAUUGGUGCAUCAACUGGCUCAUCUUGGUUGAAGGUGGUUCCAGAAGGCAUGUAUGGGAUUUUGAUGUGGAUCACAGGGCGUUACAACAGCUUUCCGAUCAUGAUUACUGAAAACGGCUCGAGUGAUGUCAAUGACCCUGACAUUCCAUUGGAGACUGCACUCUGUGACGAUCAGCGUCUGAACUUCUACAGGCACUACCUCAGCAAUGUGCUUAAGGCCAAGAGGGAUGGAGCAAAUGUCCAGGGGUACUAUGCGUGGUCCCUUCUGGACGACUGGGAAUGGGCUCGUGGCUUCUUGGAGAGAUUUGGCAUUGUCUUUGUUGACUUCUCUAACCCUGACCUUCCUCGGUACCCCAAAGCAUCAGCGUUCUGGUGGCAGAAGUUUCUUAGCACUUGA